AUGAAUAUGGAAACUGAUGACCCUAUGCACGGUUCUGCCGAAGAUCAGCUGUAUCCCACACUGGAUGAAGACAUGCAUAGCAAUGACAGCAAGAAACACAAUACGAAGGCGAUUGCCAACCACGAGGAUGCUGAGGAGGAACUAGAUGAUUUCGAUCUCAGGCCAGGCUCCUCAGGCAUAGCAGACCAUAAAUCGUCUAGGCCACUAGAACUAACUAAUACGAGUAUAAGCCAGCUCGACCAAUGGAUUGAGCACCUUGGUCAGUGCGAGCCAUUGUCGGAAAACGAUGUUGCUCGACUCUGCAAGAUGGCAGUUGACGUGUUACAAUUCGAGGAAAACGUCAAGCCGAUCAACGUCCCCGUGACCAUUUGUGGUGACGUGCACGGUCAAUUCCAUGACCUGUUAGAGCUGUUUAAGAUCGGCGGCCCCUGCCCGGACACCAAUUACCUUUUCAUGGGUGACUACGUGGAUAGAGGAUAUUACUCCGUCGAGACCGUCUCCUAUUUAGUCGCCAUGAAGGUCAGAUACCCGCAUAGAAUCACUAUACUGAGGGGUAAUCACGAGUCGAGACAAAUCACCCAAGUAUACGGGUUCUAUGAUGAAUGUUUAAGGAAAUACGGCAGUGCGAAUGUUUGGAAAAUGUUCACCGAUCUGUUCGAUUAUUUCCCCAUUACAGCUUUAGUAGA